AAUUUUCGCUUCUUAUAGCUUUUCUGUUUCUACUUAUAGCUUUUACUUCUAAUUGUUUAUAGUUUCUAACUGUUUUCAACUUCUGUUUUUAGUUUUUGCUUAUAGCUUUUAAUUGUUUAUAACUUCUGAUUCUGCUUAUAGGUUUUGCUUAUUUUAAUUGUUUGUAGCUUCUGCUUAUAACUUUUGUUUCUGCUUAUAUGUUCUGCUUAUAUGAUAUCACAACGAAUCUACGAAGAAGUUGAUCUCAUUCACUUCCGAUCAGUUUGUUCAACCUGGCGCUCUUCCUCCGUCCCAAAGCAUCAUCGCAAUUUUCGCUUCCAGUUCCCACUCCUUAAAUUUCCAUUCAACCCUGAUUUUAUCAACAGGAACAAGUCAUUUUGUUACAUAACCAAACAAAAUAUCUUCCUCAUCAAACCACCACAGCAAGAACAAACCCUAAACCUACGCCCUUCGUUGAUAAGAAUUUGUCAAAAUGCACGCGGCAAAUCCAAAUUAUACCACCCACUCUUACAAAAUGGCGAUAAAUUUCUGUACAAUUUCGUGCUCGACUUCAACAAAUUAUCCAUCCUCCAUUUGGGAAGCAACUUCUUCAUGAUAGACUUUGACUUCACAUUCAACGAUAAACUCUACAACCCCGACUAUUACAUGUACCCUAAAAAGGUCGUUGUUGUUACGUGCCAUGGGAAAAAACCUCUCAUUGUUGGCACGUUAACCUCUCCCCCACAGCCAUUACUUGUGAAAUGUGGUGAUGAGAAAUGGAAGGUGAUACCUGACAUGUCAACGAAAUUCGGAGACAUCUGCCUUUUCAAAGGGCAACCUUACGCAGUUGACAAAAUUGGUAAGACAGUUGUGGUUGGACCGGACUCAAGUGUCCAAUUAGUGGCUGAACCUUUGGUUGGUGGCGGGGACAUGAAAUUCUUAGUGGAGAGCGAGGAGGAUUUGUUGUUAGCAGAUGUUUAUGAUUGUCUUUGUACUGAUCUUUUAGAUCCUGAUCUUAAAGAUCCUGUAAGAAUUGAUUUGUUUAAGCUUAAUGAGAAGGAGAAGAAGUGGGUGAAGUUGACAAGUUUAGGAGAUAGGAUUUUGUUCUUGGGGUUGGGGUUGGUAUGUUCGUUUUCUGCCUGUGCUUCGGAUUUGUGUGUUGCCAAAGGGAAUUCUGUCAUCUUUAAUAAUUAUAUCUUUGAAUCAUAUAGGCCAUUUGGAUUUCAAUGUAAGCAAUAUGUUUUGGACUUGGAUCAAGGUCGACAUUCGCUUUUGUCUGAUUGUCCCGAAUAUUCCAACUUGUUAUGGCCACCUGCAGAGUGGAUCCGACCUCGUUACCAAGGACUGGAUUGGGGCCGCAAUAAAAAAUUGGGUAUUUAUUCAAUGGACGAUAAUAUAUUUUUUCCAAUAGAACGGUUUUCUCUUUCCUUCAAUUGAAGAUUUAGUUUGCUUAAAUGGACCAGUUCCUGAAGAGCUUAUUUCACAUCCGGAAUUAAUAGUACCUCUUGCUGCUAAGUCUAGGUGUUGAUAAUUGCUGUCAGGUUUCCCAUCCUCUGCAACAAUUCUCUGUUCUAUUUAGUUAUCCCAAUGAUACUGCAAAUAUUGUGCAUUUUCUCUAAUUUUGGAAGUAUAAAUUAUAUAUAUGAUGAUGCAAGUUUUCUCUGUUUUUUUUUUCUUUCUCCUCCUGGUAAUUCUAAAUAAUAUAUAGAAUUUCAUACA